AUGGCAGCAUCCCGCCUGAUGGAGGAAUUUUUCAAAAAGGCGGCAGAAGAGAAACGCAGGCGCCAAGAGCUGCGCGAGAAGAUGAGGGCUUGGCUUGCCGAGCAGGAGGCUGUGGAGAAGGCUCUGCAGACCAAGGUGGGGCAGCACCCGCAGGAGAUUGGAUCAUUGCGGGAGAAGCAGGAGGCCGCGCGGCGCCGCGGUGUCGAAGCCAAAGUCGCCGCGGCUGCGGCGAGGCAGAGGGCGGAGGAGUCCAGGAGUGUCAUCCCCUUGUACAAGAAGCAGCGGGAGGAGAUCUUGGAAGAGAUCCGCGAUGUCAUCAUACAGGACGACCUGGCGAAGCAGGAACUUGAGAAGGUUCAGGGGACUCUCCUUGCAAAGCAGCACAAGGACAGCUGUGCCAUGAAAUCCGAUGUUGGAAGUGCUCUGUAA